AUGUUGAAACAUUCUAAGAAUAUACUACACACUGAAAGAAAACUGAAAGCUGUCAAGUCCUGUCUGGUGUGCCUGGUGUCUCUCUGUCAGACACACGUAGAGCCUCACAACAGCAUCCCUGCCUUGAAGAAUCACAAACUGGUCCAGGCCUCCACACACCUGCAGCAGAAGAUCUGCUCUCAGCACAACAAGCUGAUGGAGGUGUUUUGUCUAGCUGACCAGAAGUGUGUCUGCAUCUUAUGCACCAUGGACACACACAAGGGCCAUGACACAGUCUCAGCUGCCGCACAGUAUGAAGAGGGACAGAAAGAGCGUCCGAAGACGACGGCCAAUUUCCUGAAGAGGAUCCGGUCAAAAGAGCAGGAAAGGCAGAAGCUGCUUCGAGCUGUGGACUCCUACAAGCAUUCCGCUAAAGAGGCAGAGCAGCAGAGUGAGAAGAUCUUCACAGAGCUGCUGGAGUCUAUUGAGAGGAGACGCUCUGAGGUGAAAGAGCUGAUCAGAGCUCAGCAGAAGGCAGCGGUGAGAGACGCUGAAGAUGUUUUGGAGAAACUGGAGCAGGAGCUGGCUGAGUUGAGGAGAGGACACGCUCAGUUGGAGGAGCUCUCACUUGAGGAAGACCCAGUCCUUUUCCUCCAGGUAUAUCCAGGAAAGACAUAUCAUCACUAG